AUGACGAAACCCCUGCCGCUGGAAGUUAAACGGAGCAGGCGUCCAACUUCCAGAGCGUGCAAGUUUUGUCACUUUAAGCAUCUCCAGUGUGACGCCACUAGACCCUGUAAAAACUGUGUUAAGCGCAACAUUGGUGACAGUUGUGAAGACAUACAACGACGAAAGUAUGGAUCAAAUGGUACGAAGAAACGGGCCCAAAGUGCUCAGAAGGUUCAAUCCGACAGCCCUUCAGCUUCGUCUGCCACUAAUGCUGGGACUUCUGCCGUUAAUGAGUCUAAACUGGAAUCUUCAGAGCUGCCCAUGGUAGCUCAACAAACUCAGCAGACCCCACGGGGUUUAGAAACAAUACCAACGAUACCGCAUCCCAACGCUGAAAAUAAUAGUUCAUUCUUAUCACCCACCACAUCUCAGAUGUUUAAUACCGGAAGUAAUACUUUGAUGGAUCAAUUGAAGAUGUCAGUUCCAGAGAAUAACUCUAUGUAUCAACAUGAUACACUUUUUCAACCACCCAAGAAAUAUGAAAAUAAUUCUUAUGGCUACGUGAACGCGGCACCCCAAGGUCAACAUAUGUUCUACGUUGGAUACAGUGAGCCAGGGGAGCAAAGGGCAUCGCCUGACGCUGAAAAAGAGCCUGGAACAAACCUUAAUUCUCCUUCCAGCUACUUGUCACAAUACUCUCAUACACAAUCACACACAAAUUCACAAUUAACAAAUUCACCCUCUGUAGUUUAUGAGUCGGAAAUUGCCAAGCAGGAGGAAUUGCAACUUACAAGCUUUGUGGAGGCGGCAAAUAACGAAGAGCUGGACUUUUUUGACAUGGACUUUACGCAGAGGCCUUUUAUUCGCCUUUUGGAAAAUAAUACUAUGGUUUCCUCUUACCCCAACAACUCCACUCCUAAAUUUUUCGAUCAUAGCCGCAGUCAUGGGAGAAUACCGAAUACCGCCAAAGAGGUCCCCACCGAAAUUCAACAAGACGAAGAAUUUACUCCCCCGCUUAUCUUGCGACACAUCAUAAAAAAUCCUGAUGAUAUCUAUCUGACCAGAGUGGUCAAAGCUUACCAAUAUCCAAAGGCUUAUCAUGCUUUAACGAAAUAUUUAAAAACUCGGUUUGAGCGUACUCAAUUAAUUGAAAUAGCAAAAUGCAUGUCCAAGUACCGACCUUCUUUCAUUUCAGCAACCAAAUCGUUGGUCGAAAAUGACUUGAUCUUCACAGAGAGGUCAUUUCAACGAUCGUUACUGGAGUAUGAGAGUCUUAUCUCAAUGUCUGCUGCACCAACAAUCAUUUGGAGGCGUACUGGUGAGAUAGUUGCUUUGACUAACGAGUUUUCCGUUUUAACUGGUUACUCCCGAAUGAGUUUACUGUCCAAAAGAACUUUUAUCAUUGAGCUGAUGGAUGAUGAAUCUGUGGUUAAUUAUUUUAAACUCUUUAGCAGCAUUGCUUUUGGAGACCUGAAUGCAACUCUGUUGACAAAUUGUGUCUUAAGAAAGGCAGCGCAAGAUGAUUAUUUAAGAUGUGCAUGCGUUUGGACGAUAAAGAGAGACGUGUUUGAUAUUCCCAUGCUAAUAGUUGGCCAAUUUCUGCCAGUACUCGAUUAA